AUGGCAAUGGGUCAGCGGAAGUUCUUGCUCGUCGCAGUGGAUUAUUUUUCCAAAUGGAUCGAAGCUGAGCCGCUAGCAAGAAUAAUCGAACAGAUGGUCAUGAAAGAAUAUGACAUUCAGCAAGCUUUCACCUUAGUGACCUACCCUCAGAGCAACGGGCAAGCGGAGGUCGCCAACCGGGAAAUUCUUAGAAUCCUACGCGCUCGGCUCGACCACAUUGGAGGAAGUUGGGUAGAUGAACUCCCCAUCGUGCUAUGGACAAUCCUCACGAUGCCCGAGGAGGGAAUCGGAGCAACUCCUUUCCACCUGGUGUAUGGCGACGAAGCGGUCGUCCCCGUCGAAGUCGGGGUCGAAUCCGAUCGGGUGCAACACUAUAGCGAGGAUAACACCAAGCGGAGGCUUCUAGAGCUAGACUUGGUGAACGAAUCAUGUGCAAAAGUUGCCGUCAGGUUAAUGGCCUACCGCCAGAGGAUGAAGCAGAACUACAAUCGAAGAGUAAUCCCGAGGUCGUUCCAAGCCGACGAUCUAGUAUGA